UUUUGCUGAAGUAGUUUUUUUUUUUUUCCUUAGCUAAAAAGGAAUAUAUUUUUGGAAACAUUUUGCAUCUUGUUUCUCUCUUUCCUCUCCAUUUUAUAAAGCAUCCUGUAUGGAAUGCUGCUUGGUGUCCAGGGUGCUUGGUUGCUCCAGCUGUUUGGAAGACAGGUCAAAUAGCAUGCUCAGAGUGUAAGAAUGGCUGCUCUGGUGCAAGGGGAAGUGAAAAACUGACAUUCGUGUGCAAGCAAACUACACUAACCUUCAAACUAAGGCGGGUCUGCUUUUCCCUCAAGCCCCCUUGAAGCUGAGGCGAAGUGCUAUGACCGUAUAGAAUAUCAAGGCAGUCUCUACUCAAUUAUAUGAACGCUGGACCAUCACAAAGCAGCUGAAAUGGAUUGGGCAAUUCAGCCUUUGGACGUUACUGGCCAAGUGGCUGCACAGGGCUCUGUAACGCCGUACUUGAUAAAGAAAGCAAAAUUCAAGGAGGGAGGUCAAGUGAGCUGGUCUGUUCUCAGUACUUCUGUGCAAACUGUUUCUUACCAUGCCGCGUAUACUGAGCUAUUUUGCAGAAUAAACCACUGAACAUCUAACCCAAUUUCACUACCAUAUGAGGAUUAGACAUGGUAAUACCUCUCUUGAGCCACUUCUGAGGAUUAGCUUCAAAAAUCAAAUUAAAAUGAGGCAAACCCAAACAGACUGGGUAGUUCCACAAUAAGGUGCAAUGCUCAUAUUCAGUAAUCAUCAUCUGUGCCUCUUGCACUUAAUAUUACUGUGUGCAAGUAGCGUUAUAGUACACCUGCAGUGUGUGGUAAAGGUGAGAAACUCUUCGGGUAUGGCACAUCAGUAUAUUAAGGUCAUGAGGCCUUAAUUGCCCGAGUAUUCCUGCUGUAGUAAAAAAUCUAUUUGAGUUUGUUUAUUUGCAAGCACUGAGGGGGAAAUACGUGAUUUUUACCUCACCUUUUUGAGGAAAAAUGAGGGUGAGAAGCAUAACGUUCUCCAAGCAGGACUGUGUGCUAUGACAUGCAGAAGUGGCCGCAGGACUGUGAGUGUGCGUCUUGUUUUUCACUCCUACACAAGUCAUUAUUUUUUAUUCUUUUUCUCAAGUGUAUUUAAAGGCAAAUGCUUAGAUUGAUGGGUUUGGUUUAAAAGAAACGACCAGUGAGUGUAAUAAAGUGUUUGUCUAAACAGGUACCUUAGAACAAAAUACGCAAACCUGGUUCUGAGCAAUGGCUAGAAACAAGAGCUAUCCAAUACAUUUUAAAUUCUCUUUGGAGUCAAAUGCUAAUACAGAUAUUGAUUUUAACAUGUAACUGUUGAAAGGCACACAAACAAAACUUGAUUUACCAGAUUAACAAUUCCUGUUGUCUUAAAUUAGCAGGGAAAAUUACAUACUGUCAGCAGUAUGUUUGCGCUGUUCUGCGUUGCUUUCAUUAUACAGUAAAAUGUGAAUCGCAAGCCAAAUCAAAACUCUUUAAUACAGAGGCAUAAUAAGAGGUUGUUAAUCUCAAAUAAUAAUUAAAAAUAUAGAACUGGAAUACUAUCAAGUACCUAAAUCUCCUGAGAUGACAAACAAUAAGGAAAAAAAUCAGGAAGUUUGUAAGCAAUUUACAAGGCAGAGAAAGAUGCCUGUGACAGAGACACACUGGUGAUCUGGAGCAGUUUAACAGCACCUGCAACCCAAAGCAGGCAAGGAACAGCAAGGUGGUUUUCAGCAACAUUCUUGAUUAAGAUAAUAAGAACAUUAAUGGAAUAGUUUAGGACUACACUUCCUGAAUAUGCCACUCAGUGCAACUAAAAUAAUAAGCAGAAAAUGAAGACAAGUUGCUAGGAAUGCUUUAGGUGAUCACAGAAAGAUAACUGGACUUUACAAGUACAUGGCAUUGUUUUCUCUCCUAUCUUUACAUUAUACGAACACUUAAAAACUGUGACAGUCCUACUCCAGUGCCAUUUGUAAAAUAAAAAGAGCAUUGCUUCCCUAAUUCACUGCUGGCUGCUCUCAAGCUUCAUAGUGAAAACAUUGUUACACAAUCAGGUUUUCUGAACAUGCUGCCUUCUCCAGACAAACAAUAAUUAGCAUCCUAGAUAGCAAGAAAACAGUAGCGCUAUAAAGGCACUAUAACGAAUGCAAACUCCGUUCAGUGCAAUCGAUGUAGCUAAUUACGUAUCCAUGCUCCCUGGACAGCAAAGGCCAUAUUUAUUAAUACGAUGAAUCUAUCCCCUUGCAGCAGAAGGGCAGCCUGGCAGUCUUUCUCUGCCUGUUAUGUCACAGAAGCAGGGGGGGAGUACUGCCCCAUGUACACAGCUAUGCAUACAGCUGCACGAUUUAUUACUGUGAGAAAAAAGAGCUUAGCGGUGAACAGUUUAAGUAGUAUUUGAUGACCCUGGCCCUUGUACUGACAGUCUGUGUUACUGCAUCUUCCCUUUGCUCGUCUUUCUCCCUAGACUGAGAAGCUCGGUGUGGUUUACUUGUCUGUGCUGAUAUGCUCCUAAACCAAAACGUACGGGACAGCUACCCUCAAGCCAGGCCUGCGCUCCUCGCCGAUGCUGCCGCUCACCCAGGCCAGAGCAGGCCUUUUGCUGCAGCACCGGCAAUGCACCGAUGGCUGCAAACCCCAUGGUUUUAAGGCUCCGCCGAGACCCAGCGGCGCGGGUGCGAAGGUGCCGGCGUUUCUUCUCCGGAGUCCGCUGAACGCCCGAGCCUCCCUCCUUCCCGCGCCGCCGCUCGAACAGUCCCUUCCAACCGCCCGCCGAGCAGCGACACGGCCACCGGGACGGACGAGCACGCAGGGGCCGCUGGAAGCGGCAGGCGAUGUUCGGCCCCCAGCGCGGUCCUACCAGGGGCAAGCCGCAGGCAAGCCAACCCCCCCAGUGCCACGCACCGGCGCGGACAGACAGCUGGGGGUGCCGGCUAACGCGCGGAGGGAUACCGCGCUGCCGCGUCAGCGCACACAUGUAGGUCCGGCCGCUGCCGCCAUUUCGUGGGAAGGCGGUGGCUUGUCGUCAGCGCAGCGCGCCGCCGCGCCCAGGCGGCUGCCGCAGCGGAGCCGGCGGGCAGCCCCGCUCGGGCAGCGGCAAGGAGCGGCACCGCGGAGCCGCUGCCCUCGCCGGGGCGCCCGCGGGCCGCCCCAGAACCCUCCUUGCGCUGCGCCGCCCCCCGGCGCGGCACCGGCGCCUACCGCUCGCGAGAUCAUCCCCGUCCUGAGCGGGGCGGGGCCACAGCGCGCACCGGCGGCGCAUGCGCCCGGCCCACCCGGCGGCGGCCGCGCCGCCCCUUCUCCCUGGCCCUGGGGGGGGGGCCCCUGGCGGCGGCGUGUCUCGCCCGGCCCCGCCCCUCCUGCGGCUCCGCCUCCUGCCUUCCCGCGGUGCCUGGGCCUGGCCGGCGGCGUCUGCGCUGGGCUCUCUCGUCCUCUCUCUCUUUCUCGGGCGGGCGGCGCCUCUUCUCGGCUUCCCCCCUUCUACCCCACACGCCCUUCCUCCUCCCGGUGGUGACGGGAGGCGGCGGAGCAGCGCGGCGGGCGGAGCGCUCCCCGGCAGCCUCUCUGGCGCACGGCCUCACUGCCCGCAGGGCUCUGGGCGGCCGCCGCGCUCCGGUCGGGCGCCCCCCUCGGCUGUUUCCGGAGGAAGGAGAAGCGCAGCUGCCCCCUCCCCCUCUCCGCCUUCCUCCCCCUCCUCCUCCUCGCUUGCUCCCUCCCUCCCGGCCCCCCCUCGGCGCGAGCGGAGCGCGGAGUCACCGCGGCGCACAGACGGGCCCGGCGGCGGCGGCGGCACUCACACACAAUGGCGCUGAAACGCAUCAACAAGGAACUUAGUGACUUAGCCCGAGAUCCUCCAGCACAGUGUUCAGCAGGUCCUGUUGGAGAUGACAUGUUUCAUUGGCAAGCCACAAUUAUGGGACCUAAUGACAGUCCAUAUCAGGGUGGUGUAUUCUUCUUGACAAUUCACUUUCCUACAGACUACCCUUUCAAACCACCUAAGGUUGCAUUCACAACAAGAAUCUAUCAUCCAAAUAUUAACAGUAAUGGCAGCAUUUGUCUUGAUAUUCUAAGAUCACAGUGGUCUCCUGCUUUAACUAUUUCUAAAGUUCUCUUAUCCAUUUGUUCACUGUUAUGUGAUCCAAAUCCAGAUGACCCACUAGUGCCAGAGAUUGCACGUAUCUAUAAAACAGACAGAGACAAGUACAACAGAAUAUCUCGGGAAUGGACUCAGAAGUAUGCCAUGUGAUGCUACCUUAAAGUCAGAAUAACCUGCAUUAUAGCUGGAAUAAACUUUAAAUUACUGUUCCUUUUUUGAUUUUCUUAUCCGGCUGCUCCCCUAUCAGACCUCAUCUUUUUUAUUUUUUUGUUUACCUCCUUCCAUUCAUGCACAUGCUCAUCUGAGAAGACUUUAGUUCUUCCAGCUUUGGACAAUAACUGCUUUUAGAAUCUGUAAAGUAGUUACACAAGAACAAUUGCCCAAGAUUCAGAAUUUUUUUUUUAAUGGAGCAUGUGUAUUAUGUGGCCAAUGUCUUCAUUCUAACUUGGUUAUGAGAUUAAAAACAAACAUUCCUCACUGCUCUAACAGAUACUGAAGAUAUCACCUGAAGGGGGGAGGGGAGAUGGAUGUUCAUUUUUCUCCCAUCAAAGAAGUAACAUUGCUGUAGCCACAUCCAUCUUGUUCCAAACCUUCCAGUGUUAGAGAACUGAGGUUUUAUUAUAUACUUUUGCUCAUAACUGAUGUGUCUGGAGAAUUGGUACUGAAUCUAUAGCAUCAGCAGAACAGAAAAUGUGAUGUAUCUUAUGCAUGUCAAUAAAGGAAUGACCAGUUCUUGUUUUACAGAGAAUGGAAAUUGGAAGUCAAACAUCCCUUGUAUUCCAAAAAUAGGGUCUAAGAACAUUUUUGUAAUUCAUUUAAAUUUUGUUAGGAGGCUUGGAGCUAUUAGUUAAUCUGUCUUCCAGAACACUGUUUAAUAUAAGCACUGAAUAAAUGAUGCAAGUUGUCAAUGGAUGAGCGAUCAACUAAUAGCUCUACUAGUAAUUGAUUUAUUUUCUUCAAUAAAGUUGCAUAAACCAAUGAGUUAGCUGCCUGGAUUAAUCAAUAUGGGAAACGAAAUCUUUUGUAAAAGCAAAGCUGGUUUUUUGUAUAUACUGUUGGGAUUUGCCUCAUUGUUUAACAUCAAAUAAUGAUGUAAAGUUCAAUAGAGUAAAUCUUUUGCCAUUUUCAGUUAUAAUGCUCAGUCUGUUGCAGGUUGACACAUUGAUCGGCCUGAUGUAUGCAGAAUUAAUAAGCUAACAUAGUAGUGUAGCCUUAGUAGUGUGCUACACUUGGUGUUGGGAGCCCAGCGUUCAAGGAUGGACUUGGGACCCAGCAGAUCUGAAGUGGUGUAUUGUGGAGAUACUUCCUGAUGCACCUGUGUUUGCUGACUGAGAACCUUUUUCUUCACCUUGUACACUUGACAGCUGAAAGAUCUUAAUGUGGGAGUAAUGAUGAGGCAAAAAAAAUAUAAAAUAAAGUACUGUUUUGAUGUGGGAAUUGUCAUGAGGCUGUGUUGAAGUGACUUUACUAUGUGGGAUAUUCGUUACCAUUGAAAAGGACUUGUUCAGCCAUGCUGCCAUUUACAUUGAUGACUAUUUUAAUGCAACAGACACUUUCUUCAUGUCAGGUGACUAAACGUGAAUAAAGACUCAUUGCUAUUGGAUUUUUGUUCUACAAGAAA